CUCUCUUUGUACACGGAUUUUCAGUUGAAAACUCUGUCGUUUCGGCGGGGAGCUUUCAACUGAUCACCCUGUUGCUCACAUUGCGCUCUUCGUUCUCAACAUGGCCUCAACAACCCAGCGUCUUUCUCUGUCGUCAGACUCAGAUGCGGAUUCCGACAACAGCACCGGGGGAGUAGACGAACUUCGGCAUGAUGAUCUCUCCGACACCAUCUUCAAAUCAUAUUUACAAAUCUCCGGUCAAUCAUCGCCUGAUCUCUCCAAGAUCCAAACGUUCCUCACCUCCUCCCGAUCCGGGGCUCUGUCCUGCCUCAUAUGCCUCGAGAGAAUCCGAACCUCUGAUCCUACCUGGUCCUGCAUCAAUGGCUGUUUCGCUGUCUUCCACCUCCUUUGUAUCCAAAGUUGGGCUCGCCAAGCUUCCGAUCUCGCCACUGAACGAGCCGUCGCUCGCCUCUCCCGCGAACUCUUCCCUUUAGCUGCUGCCAAAGCCCUAGAAAAUUCCAACUGGAGUUGUCCCAAAUGCAGAGUAGAGUACUCGAAAUCCCAAAUUCCCCGAAGUUAUUUCUGUUUCUGUGGCAAAUUAGAGAAUCCGCCCAGCGAUCCUUGGAUACUUCCGCAUUCAUGCGGUGAGAUCUGCGGUCGGCCCCUCAGAUACAAUUGUGGCCACAAUUGCUUCUUGUUAUGUCACCCUGGUCCUUGUCCUUCGUGCCCGAAGCUCGUAAAAACCCGCUGCUUUUGUGGGACUGUCGAAGAUGUUCGGCGAUGCGGCUUCAAGAAUUUUUCUUGUAACGGUGUUUGUUCGAAAGUACUGGAUUGUGGGGUUCACCGGUGUUUGGAAAUUUGCCAUGAGGGUACUUGUCCUCCUUGUCGGGCGAGGGGUGUGUACCGUUGCCGGUGUGGGAAGACGAAGGAGGAGAGGGAGUGCUUUGAAAGAGAGUUUCGAUGCGAGAAUCCUUGUGAACGGAUGCUUGGUUGUGGAAAGCAUUUUUGUGCUGAGGGAUGUCAUUCGGAUCCGUGUGGUGAGUGCCCUCUUCAGGGAAAAAGGAUUUGUCCAUGCGGGAAGAAGGUAUACGAAGGAAUGUCUUGUGAUGUCGUGGUGCCGACUUGUGGAUUGACUUGUGGUAAGAUGCUGAGCUGCGGUCUUCAUAGAUGUCCUGAGCGGUGUCAUCGCGGUCCAUGCGUAGAGACUUGCAGGAAUGUUACUGUGAAGUUUUGUAGGUGUGGGAGUUUGAAGAAAGAGGUUCCUUGCUAUCAAGAUUUGGCCUGUGAAAGGAAGUGUCAGCGAGUAAGAGAUUGUGGACGACAUGCUUGUAGGCGUCGCUGCUGUGAUGGGGACUGCCCUCCUUGCUCAGAGAUAUGCGGGAGGAAAUUACGGUGCAAUAACCAUAAAUGCCCUUCUCCAUGCCACAGAGGUGCCUGUGCUCCUUGUCCAGUAAUGGUGACUAUUUCAUGUUCAUGUGGUGAGACACACUUUGAGGUUCCUUGUGGGACUGAAGCAGAACAAAAGCCUCCUAAAUGUCCCAAGUUGUGCCAUAUCUCUCCUUUAUGCAGGCAUGGAUUGAAUUCUAAGCCACAUAGGUGCCACUAUGGAGCUUGCCCCCCUUGUCGACUACUUUGUGAGGAAGAACUUCCAUGUGGUCAUAAGUGUAAACUCAGGUGCCAUGGGCCUAAACCUCCUCCUAAUCCAGAAUUCACAUUGAAACCGAAGAAGAAAAAAAAUCAACAGAUGGGAUGUACCCCUGGAUCACCAUGCCCUCCUUGUUCUGAACUUGUUUGGAGAUCAUGCCUGGGCCAGCACAUUGCCGCAGAGCAGAUGAUGGUCUGUUCUGAUAGAACAACAUUUUCCUGUAACAACUUGUGUGGAAACCUUCUUCUGUGUGGUAACCAUUAUUGUACUAAAACUUGCCAUGCUCUGAAGAGCCAGCCUUCAAAAUCAGGUCUGCAUGAAAGAAGCRAGUCCUGUGAAGAGUGUGAUCUUCCUUGCGAAAAGGAGAGGAAACCUUCAUGUCCACAUCCUUGUCCACUGCCAUGUCAUCCUGGAGAAUGCCCCCCUUGUAAAACACUUAUCAAGCGGUCAUGUCACUGCGGUUCCAUGGUUCAUGUUUUUGAGUGCACAUACUACAACAAGUUGCCUGAAAAGGAGCAAGUAACCAUCCGCUCAUGUGGUGGUCCAUGCCAUAGAAAGUUGCCAAACUGCACACAUCUAUGCCCAGAGACAUGCCAUCUUGGUCAAUGCCCAUUGCCUGAAAAGUGUUGUAAAAAGGUCACCGUUCGUUGCAAAUGUCAAACCCUGAAAAAGGAGUGGCUUUGUCAAGAUGUACAGGCAGCCUAUCACAAAACUGGGCAAGAUCCCAAAGAUAUCCCUAAAAAUCAAUUUGGUCUUGGACUUCUUCCCUGUAAUUCGGAGUGCUCUAAUAAACUAAAGGUUGCUGAUUCGGAAAUACAGUUGCGUAAAUCUAAAGUCCCAGAGGUUAAGGUGGUCAGUGCAGAGAAACAUGUUCCAAAGCGUAGAAAAAGGCAUGAACGAGCACAAGAAACCAGGCAACUUUCACGGUUGCAGGCAAUUGGUGCAACCAUGUGGAAAUUUUUUAUUAUUAUUUCUAUAGUAGUGGCUCUAAUCUUAGCCACCUACUAUGGUUACAAGGGUCUUCUUUGGCUCUCUGAUUAUAUGAAUGAGGUUGAAGAACGAAGACAAAGAAGAACAUUUCAAAGAAUUUGAUCAUUCUUAACAAUUUUGUCCUCAAGUUGAACUUUUGACUGGAUUAAAUAAUUCUCAUAACGUGCAUAUUAACUUAAAGGAGUAUAUGAGAGGAAACAGAGUGAUUUAUCUGGACCAUCCUAUCCUGCGAAGUGAAACUUGGACCUUUCUUUUAUUCAUCUGGUAGGUAUUACUUGGUCAUAAUUUGUUUACUCGAGAGGCAUUCAAGGUAGAAACUGUCAUGUUAAAAGUUUAUUUAUUCUACUUUAGUUAUGUUAUGCAAUGCCAAACUUGGAUGUAUAAGGUACCAUACCGGAAUUAGUUUUAGAUUACUCACUAGAUAUUAUUUAUUGAGUAUAAAUGUGUAAUUGACUUCUGGACGUGUUGUUUGAUGCUGGAUCUACAAUUCUACAUGUA